AGGGACAAAAUUCGCGUCCACUUCCGACCUGAAAUCCGGGCUACGCGCGCUGCUGUCCGCGAGAAGAUGAGCCGCGCGAAUAAUUACCGCGAAAAGCCUUUCGCCUUUGUCGGGAAAUAACCGUCGCUUAAUCGGCAGCCAAUCGGGCUGGGGGAGUGUUCGCGUCCCGGACCAAUGAACGACGCGCCGUUAUCAACUCAGCCGGACUCAAUAUAACUGAUGCCGGAGUCCUGGCGGUCGCGCAGAGGGUCCGAAAACGAACCUGAGCGGACUCUUUCUGCAUUUUCCCCGGUUGUGACUUAUGCCACGCUGCCCUCCUUCGUUGAUUCGCCUGAGAGGACGCCUUUUGACGGUGGUGUAAGCGCGAGCAGCGAACCGUCGGAAGCCGGACGCGAUCGUAACGUUCUGUAACUGGCGCGACGCCGUAUCAGUCGGUCGGCUGAUCGUUGAACUAUUCGGCUGUGUCGAGGAGUGACGGCGUUUAUCCGGCAGCCCGAGGUUCACCGAGGUCCGGCGAGAGGUUCAUCGACGACACUCACCCCGGGGUCGACCUGUGUGACCCCUACCAGGAACCACCAUGCAAGCUGGACCAGUGAUCGUUCUUUUGGCCGCGAUCGCCUUGACCGAUGCUGCCACGAUCCGACAUGCCAGCGUCAAGGCCACGGACUGCGAUAGUCCGAUCUACUGUACCGGGGAAUUGCUGAAAACCAUACAGCUCUUCUGCUGUCCGGAAAUCUUUCCAGACAGCAAGACGUUCGUCGACCUUCAUCAAUUAAACGAACCUGAAGUGACUCUUGCCAACUUCCACGACUUGAUGAGAGCAACAAAUAACAAGCCGAACCGAACGCAGUUGCUCGAGUACAUACAUACAAAUUUCGAGUCGGCGAACGAGCUAUUAAACUGGACGCUUCCGGAUUGGAAAGAGCACCCGUCGAUCCUCAGACGGAUCCAGGAUCCGAAGUAUCGCGAAUGGGCGAAGGAUCUCAACAAUAUUUGGAAGGGACUGGCCAGGAAGAUGAACUACUCCGUGGCAAAGCAUCCAGAAAAACACAGCUUGAUCUACGUGGAAAACGGUUUCAUCAUACCUGGUGGACGUUUCGCAGAGUUUUACUACUGGGACAGUUACUGGGUGAUCGAAGGCCUGCUAUUAUCCGACAUGUUUCAAACUGCCAAGGGAAUGAUAGACAAUUUCUUGUCCAUGGUGGAGAAAUAUGGAUUCAUACCAAACGGUGGCCGAAUUUAUUACCUUAUGAGAAGCCAACCACCCUUAUUGCAUCUUAUGGUCUCAAAGUACUUGGAUUACACGGGCGACUACGCUUACCUCCGCAGCAUAAUGCCGAUGCUGGAAAAGGAGUUUGCCUUCUGGCAGGCCAACAAGAUGAUUGACGUGUAUAAAAACGAGAAGAAGUACAAGAUGGCACAUUAUGUUGUAGACAGCGCGAGACCUCGACCUGAAAGCUUCAGGGAGGACUACCAAUUAGCGCAACAACUGCCCGAGGAAUCACGAGAUUUCUUUUACAACAAUAUAAAAGCUGGCGCCGAAAGCGGUUGGGACUUCUCCAACAGGUGGUUCAUAGGAAGGAACGCGAGCGAAACGCCCGGUUUGCUGAAUAUCUCCACGCAAGAUGUGAUACCUGUCGACCUUAAUGCGAUACUGCAGCAAAACGCGCGGCUACUCAGCGAAUUUCACAAGAUCCUGGGAAACAUUGCGAAAUCCAAGGAUUUCGCGAAGGUAGCGGCACAACUUCAGCAAGGAAUCGAUAAUGUCCUGUGGAACAAAGAAGAGGGUAUAUGGCUAGACUACGACGUGAAGAAUAGUCGACCUAGAAAUACAUUUUACCCGUCGAACUUGGCCCCGCUUUAUACGAGAAGCUACAAUCGACAUAAGCGCGAGGAGAUUGCGUCGUUAGCUGUGAAAUACCUGAGAUUGCAAAACAUUGACAGCUUCUUUGGUGGUACACCAACGUCCCUAGUUCAAACGGGAGAGCAAUGGGAUUUCCCGAACGCAUGGCCACCAUUACAAUCGUUUAUAGUAAUGGGUCUUUAUUGGACCGAUGUGAAGGAAGCAAUGGAUUUCGCCAGUGAAUUAGCAUCUAGAUGGCUCAGUUCUAAUUACGCUGGUUACAUGGACACGGGAAAAAUGUUUGAAAAGUACGACUCGAUAAGACCGGGCAAAGGUGGCGGCGGCGGCGAGUACGAUGUUCAAACGGGUUUCGGCUGGACAAACGGAGUGGUCCUCGAGUUCCUUAACACUUUUGCAUCCAUCAAAGCGAAGGCGGUAUCGAACGGUGGUGAACCAAACGUGGUCGUCGGACAAUAGCAGGUUUCAUUGGUGACAAUACAGCGCAUAUUUUCCAACGAAUCUAGUCUACACGGAAAAACAGGGCAGCGCGUUUUAUAAAACCCACCGUACGUUCGAUGCGAGUCAAAUCGUAUUUUUUUUUUUUUAGUCAAACUUAACAAUGUAUACGUCGUUUGUGAAAUACGAAAACAAAGUAUAAUUGCGUGUAACUCGUCAGUAUUCUAAUUUAAUGCUAGUUAUUAACGAUAAGUUAGUGCGAUUAGAAGACUAGCAUGGGUUUUCUAUCGUUUCGUGUGGAGAAUGACGCUGGCGACAAAACUCCGACGUUUUACUGUAAGUUACGAAUACUUAAUUUAACGUGCAUUCCCAAAAUAACGUAACUACCGAAAAUCGUGGACUGGCGUUGUGCAAGGAAUUUAGGAAGACAAUGUUUAAACAAAAUGAGUAUAUUUUUAAUACACUGUUGAAACGUAUUGUUAAAUGACACCCGACAACGAAACUGCGUGUGUGUGACAAUAAAGAAACAUGUAUUUUAGCAUAAAUAAACAUGUGUGUAAAUUUUAA